AUGAAGAUAGUGUUUGCGAUUUUGUUUUUGACAUUCAUUGCGUUGACAUAUGCAAGAAGUUUUGAAGAUUUAAAAGAAGAAAUUAAAAAAGUCGAAAAGGAAAUAUUUGAUGACCUUGAAGAGGAAAGUGACGAAUUAGAUAAUAAUGUUAAAAAAUUCAAUGAUGCAAAGCCAUGGAGACGAUGGUUUCGAUGGCAGAAUAUUGCUCCUUUAAUACCAGUUGUUAUUGCAGCAUCUGGUAAAAAGUAAUCGAAACAACUAAAAUUUUAAUUGAUAUGAUAAAACUUUUUAUCAUAUCAGCUAAUGUAAUUUGUUUUAAAUCAUUUUUGUAUUUUCUUAUCUGUAGUUAAUUGUAAUAUUAGAUACUUUGA